GUGAACGCUUCGCAUGCACGAUAUUUGCAAUUUGUUUAGCGAGACGAGGCUCUGACGAUCUUUCACCAAAGUUUAUUUAUCGUACAAGAAAAUCAACGCUGGUGUUUAUGUCAGAUAAUUACAUGCAAAAAGCAUUUCCAAUUUUGAAAAAAGAAAAAAGUGAGGGUGGUGUGAUCGUGUAUCUACAAAUUUUUGUGUAGGAGGAUUACAUUUUAGGAACAGGGUGAAAGAAGAAUAUUUUUUUCCCGACCUUGUUUUCUCCCACGCUAUAUAUAUAUAUAUAUGUACGCAAAGGACUUUUCCGCGUGCCCUUGAGGAGGAGAAGUUUACUGCCAGAACGGUUCUUUUUGAUCUCCCCACCAAAACCACACGCUACGCACACAAAGAGAGAAGCUGCGUGUAUACAGGGGAGAGCACGUCCGCACGCACAAUACUUAGCGAAAAGGGGGAGAAAGUCUCUCUUACUCAGCUCUCUCUCUCUCUCAAAGAAAUCGAUGAGGGUGCGUGUGGCCCGUUGCCCAGCGUGAUUCGCAGUGUUGUAACGUGCGUAACUACUUUUUACCUCUGUUAGAAAAAAAUUUUCGUACGAAAUAGUAAAUGAGUGCAGUGCACGUGAGCAAGAUGAAGUGUGAAUUUUGUCAUUGAAGAGGAAGGUAAAAGGUCGUGCGGUGCAGUGGUGUCAUAUAUAUAUAUAUAUAUAUAUAUGUGAUCGUUUUGCUUUUCCAAGGAUUUCAACGCUGCGAUUAAAAUGAUGCUCAUAGGUAUGAAUCUGUUGGCGCUGCUGACUUUCCUACAACUUGCCAGUGGAAUGUUAGUGAUGGAUUCCGAAAUACCACUUAAAAAGUGUCGGUAUUUCGAGGAUCGUAAAUAUAAUCUCAAUCAAGUUCUCUGCAAGGAUCUCAAGCUACUAGAUAUACCUGAUAAUCUGCGUUCGAAUGUCGAGGUACUGGAUGCCCGAGAAAAUCGAAUUCGCGAGCUACGCAACAACUCGUUGAAGCGUUACUCAAAUCUACGUUUCCUCUAUCUAGCUGACAACUUUGUGCAAACGAUUCCCGAAGGAGCAUUUGAGUCGACCUACUACCUGGAAGUGCUAGAUCUAUCGAAAAACGGGUUGACAGAUUUACCAAAAAGUCUAUUCCGCAUGAAUAAUUUGCGCAACUUGUAUUUCGAAGAGAAUCAAUUGCACGAUCCAGUAUUUGAAGUGACAGGUGUGACAGCACCACUGAAAUGGUUGUACUUGUCGGGUAACAAACUCACGCAGAUACCACGACUCAGCCCAAUACCAUUGGUCACGAUAUUGAAUGUGUCACACAAUCAAAUCACUCGAGUGACCACUGAGGAUAUCGCCCCAUUGUGCUUGCUUGAGUACCUCGAUCUACGCGACAACCCAAUACAAUUCGAUCAAAAGACCUGCGAGUGCUACACUUUUAAGGAGUGGAUCAAGUUCCGCAAGAUCAAUCUGAACAUGACGGUGGACUGCCCAAAAAAUCUACAGAAGAAGUGCGCAUUCGGCCAACACGUUAAGCCAGAGAUGCGCUUCUCCAAUCGUACAAUGACCCUGUUCAGCAGCUGCCAAGCAAUACUGAAAACACGCGCCGAAGCCAUGAAAGCUCGUACAACGUGGAUCUGGAUAGCGUCGUGCGUUGGCGCAUUCAUUGGCUGUAUUUUCAUCGCCCUCUGCUGCAUGCACCGCAAUAACAGGAACAAACGACGCCAUCUCAAGGAACAAAAUAUACUCACGGCCAACAAUGCCAACACAACAGAGCAGCUGCUCAACAAGGAGACCAAGCAUGAAACCGCGUAAUGGUUGCUAGGGAUGGACUUUUGCGAAUGCAUUGUUUUUCUGUUCGACUGAGUCAACGCUCUUUCUCCCUCUCUUUAUAGCGAGACCUGCUGAAAUGAAUUUUAAUUGUCGGCCAAAUUCGUUUAGGCAAAAUUGUUCUUUGAAUGUUAUUCCGUGUCGUCAUCUCGCUGUAAGAAUCAUAAAAGCUUCCAAAAUUUUGUGUUAUGUAAUAAUCAAUAGCAGUCGAUUGUAUGAAGCUCACGCCUAUAUACACAACAAUAUUGUAUUUACGGAAGUAUAGCUUUUGUGUUCUACUCUUCCUACACUUCUAGCUAAUUAGUCCUCAUAUUUUUCUUUCGAAGAUGGGCAAUGCGAGCCAUGUACAACCGGCUGUUUCGAUUACGGCGAAGAAGAGACUCGAGCUAUCGCUAUCGGUUGCGCUUAUCGUACGAACGUGAAUAACAUUGCUGAAUGAAAGUUUCGAAACAACAAACGAUGCAUUUUCGAAGGACCAUCCUUUUUGGAUAGUAAAAUCGCCAUUGUGCAGCCGUGACAAAAAUUAUAUACAAUGUUUUGCGAAUACCUUUUAUGCGCAUACAAAUACAACAUACAUGUCUUUGUAUGCAUUGCUAAUUGAGUAAAAAAUAUAUUUAUAUCGUGCACAGGGCGCUUCGUUUAUUUAUUUCGAUGUAAUGUUAAGCUCUUUUAGAUAGAAUAGUCGCUCACUAUCUCGUGAAUACUUUUAUUAACUUUCUUUUUAUAUAAGUGCGUGUAUAUUUUGGUAAGUAAUUCAGUGUAUUAAUUAUUACUGUAUAUAUUCGAGAGUAAACCUACUAUCUGCGAAAAUUAUACAGCGUAUAAUUUUCUUCGCGGAUCGUAAUAUAUCUCAAUUUUUCCAUUCUUAACGAGCUACAAACACGUUAAAGUUGGUAAAACUGUUUUUGUGAAAUGAUCGUGAGAAUGUUAUUAAUGCGAAAUAUAUAGUUACGUGUAAGAUAUAUGAUAACUAUUAACAUUAUUGAACUACGAAAUAUCUUUGGAGUAUUUCAAACUUAUAUAAUGUCCACUGAUGUUUGUACGAUUUUUUAAGUAAUUGUUUUUUUUAUCUUGUAUCAAUUAAAAGAAGCAGCAUGCAUUUUCACUUUUGUACGAGACGCCAAAUACCUAAGGAUAACUCAUCUUCCGAAUUUGCAUAAUAAAAUUUUCUACUGUCAAUUUUUGAAUAUUCAGCUACAUAAGAACUACCAACAGAGUUUAGACUGUUUAUAUUUACGAAUUUUUGCAACUCACUUGUAUAAACGUAGCGAUAUUUGUAAAAUGAAAAAUCAAAAUGUUUUUCCAAGAAAAUAAGUAAGCUUAAAAAAGUGGACGAAUAAGCCAUAAUUAUUACCCUUGAUAAGCUAUACAGAAUAGGACUGAAUGAAGCUGUAAGGAUUUUUUGUGAUCCACAAGCGAACCAUAGUUUAAGCUUUUCGUUCAAUAAUAUUUUAUGUAUCCAGUAAAUAAAAACAACGAUCAACGUAGUAAAAACUCGUUGGUAAUUUGCAUAUCAUAGGUGCAAAUUCAACAUAUCUAAAAUAAAAGAAAUUUACUGUAUACGUAAAUACUGAAAUAAGUAUGAACAUUACUAUAUAUAUAUAUUAUAUCCAAAGAUAUAAAUUAAACAUUAUAUUUGUUGUUGAAAAUAUAAAAUACUUGAUAUUAUAAAAUGCAGAGUUGUUAUAGAAACCAUACAACUUGCUACUAAUAACCUGCUACUGAUAACUAGAACUUUAAUAUGCAAAUGUUUGAAUAAAAAAUGAGUUCACUCUGCAAAUUCACUUAAAAUCUCAUAAAAUAUAAAUAAAAGAACAUGCAUAGAUAUUCGUGUUAUAAAAAAUUCUACUAGAUAGAGAUGUGAGAAUGACUGCAUCUUUGUUUUUGUUUACUGGAUAAGGUAGGCGUCUCUACUUAUUACAUAUAAGUUCGAUAAAAUAAAAUCUAAAUACUUAAAUCGAGUAUAAUGCAAACAUGGAACAAAAAGAAGGUAACAGACUCGUAUGAAUGAUUGUUUAAAAAUUUAGAUUAAAUUAGAAAGUCAUUCUUUACGUUUGAAUUAAUGACGACUUUCUUAUAACUAUUCAUGUUAUUUUUUAUACACAAAAAAUCGUGAGAAUCUAUUGCAUAACAGUCAUUAGUUUAUAAGAGCUUAUUCAUCAUUUCCAUGUGUAUGGGUAUAAUUAUAAACGUAAGUAACAUGUUAUUUUUUAGUGCGAAGGCAAUAAAGCCUUAGUAAUAUAUACUUGUAUAUUUAGAGAAGAUAUUUUGAUAAUUACAACGAUUCAUUCAACGAUUCUGCUGAAAAAUUGUUGUAACUAUCUUAUUUUUUGUGUGUACUUAUGUAAGUUGCAUUUGUUUCCUAAAAGUCGUACGAAAAACCAAUGUUCUUUCUUUACAUCCCAAAUAAUGAUUUAUUUUCAAGUAGUCCUUGAAAUAAGUUACCGCUGAAGUUCGACCGUCUUUAUUUUGGCAUGCGUCAAUUAGCUUUAUUUUGGAAGAUUUUAUCGUAUUAUGUUCGUAAAAUUAUUCAAAAUUACUCUCGGUAUUAUUUUGUUCGUGAGUAUUUUUUCACUACCUCCAAGUACAUAAUUUCCAAAAUAAAGCGAAGUAUUAAUUACUAAGUAAACCGAAGGUAUAGAUAAUAUACCUUAUAUCAAUACAUGCUAUUGUCAAAUGGUUUAGUUACUUUUUUAAUAUGCGUUAAAUGGCUUAUCGCGCCACUACACCGGCAUUUCAUGUAACAAUACCAAAUCACUUCACGUUUGACAACGCUGUUUGUGUACCACUGAGAUUGAUGUAAUAAACGUUUCUAUUGAAAUCACUCAAGCUAUUUAGAAUCCUCUCACCACUAUUAUAAAUUUACUGUAUACCACAGUAUUAUA